CUCUAAGAGAUGUCUCGCCACCGUGUCAGUUCCGGGACAGUGGCUGCGGCGGUGGGGGAGGGGAAGGGAACCAGGCCUAGGGGGCAGGUCCUGCCGGCCUAGGCUCCAGGUGAACGAAUACUUCGUCGUCCAAUCAGAAUAGCCCUUGUUGGGAAAGACGUCGGCACUAGCUAAUCACUGCUUGCGGUCUUCCAGCAGGCGGAACUUUGACGGGGGUGGGACUUCCUGUUUCAAAUAAACACCUAGAGGUUUCCCCCCUCCGCCUAUCGAAGUAUGUCCCCGCUGCUGAGGUCCGUCACCGUUUCUGCGUGAGGGAUUGAAGGAAGUCACUGGCACAGGAAGGCACGUCCGAGGUUAUGCGACUCAAUGAUCCCGCGGAAACGCUACGGGUCUAAGAACACGGAUCAGGGUGUCUACCUGGGUCUCUCAAAGACGCAAGUCGUGUCCCCUGCAACUGCUGGCAGCAGCAGCGACAUCACCCCUCUGCCCCCCCCAGUGGUCCUGGUUCCUCCCCUUCCCGACACCAUGUCCUGCCGGGAUCGGACCCAGGAGUUUCUGUCUGCCUGCAAGUCGCUGCAGAGUCGUCAGAAUGGAAUCCAGACUAAUAAGCCAGCUCUGCGUGCUGCCCGACAACGUAGUGAAUUUACCCUCAUGGCCAAGCGCAUUGGGAAAGACCUCAGCAAUACAUUUGCCAAGCUGGAGAAGCUGACAAUCUUGGCAAAGCGCAAAUCUCUCUUUGAUGAUAAAGCGGUGGAGAUUGAGGAGCUAACGUAUAUCAUUAAACAGGAUAUUAACAGCCUCAACAAACAAAUCGCUCAGCUUCAAGAUUUUGUGAGGGCCAAGGGCAGCCAGAGUGGCCGGCAUCUGCAGACCCAUUCCAACACCAUUGUGGUCUCUUUGCAGUCAAAACUGGCUUCCAUGUCCAACGACUUCAAAUCAGUUUUAGAAGUGAGGACAGAGAACCUGAAGCAGCAGAGGAGUCGGAGGGAGCAGUUUUCCCGUGCACCUGUGUCAGCCCUGCCCCUUGCCCCCAACCACCUGGGGGGUGGUCCUGCAGUUUUGGGGGCAGAGUCCCAUGCCUCCAGAGAUGUGGCCAUUGAUAUGGUGGACUCUCGGACCAGUCAGCAGCUACAGCUCAUUGAUGAGCAGGAUUCCUAUAUCCAGAGUCGGGCAGACACCAUGCAAAACAUUGAGUCUACAAUUGUAGAGCUGGGCUCCAUCUUUCAGCAAUUGGCACACAUGGUUAAGGAACAGGAGGAAACCAUUCAGAGGAUCGAUGAGAAUGUGCUUGGAGCCCAGCUGGAUGUUGAAGCCGCCCAUUCAGAGAUCCUCAAGUACUUCCAGUCAGUCACCUCCAACCGGUGGCUCAUGGUCAAAAUCUUCCUUAUCCUCAUUGUCUUCUUCAUCAUCUUUGUGGUCUUCCUUGCCUGAACCCUCUUCACUCUGAGGCACUCCAUGGGGGUUUAGGACCUUCCUGGGAGGGCAGGUGGCCAGUUACUGUCACUGAACCUGUGCAGGGUGCUUGGGAGAAAGGCCAUUUCCCUGGAACUGCUAAGAAUGGCCAGUGUCCCUGAUCUCUGACCCUUGCCUCUGGUCACCCUGUCCUCCUCUUACAUCCUCAGACCCAUGUAAAACACACAGUUCUGGAUUUGGACUCUGCCAUGAAGCAGCUGGCAGGGAGCAGAGGCCAGCUGGGGGCCAGCGGGGGAGGUUGUCACCACCUGAUUUUUAUAAGUCCUGGCCAACCUCUUCUAAAGGAAACUUUGGCAGCAAGGGAAGAUGAUAACCCUGUCUGCCUUCCUGAGCGUGAAGAGAGGAAGCAAAACUGUCCCAGGGACCAACUUUCCCAUCUGGGUUAGAACUUGACUUCCUUCUUCCUUUCUUCACCAUAUGAGGCAGGAGGCUCUGAGCCCUUAUCUGUCUGUACAACCCCUGACUUUGGCUGCUGGUGACUUUCAAUUUGCCAAAUGUGCUGCAGCCCAUUUCCUCCCAAUUACAGCAAGACUGUCAGCCUCA